UGAGUUUCUAGGGAAUCGACCAAUGAAAUUGCAGGACAUGAAAUAAGAGAGGGAAUGGAAAAAAGGAAAGUUCUUGUGACUGCUGAAUUUAUGACAAUGCUAGCGAAAUUAAAAUGACUGUAACAGCUUUAGAAAGAAAGACUGAAAUGGAAUUAAAGAAAGCACUGAGAAAGUUUGUAGAGAAUCAGAAAAAAAAGAAAACAUCUGAUCCUGGCAAAGCUAAAGCAGAGGAAACUGCUCUGUUUACAAAGUACUACUCAGAAUGUAAGGGGAUUGAUAAGGGCUACAAAAACGAGCCAGUCCUGUAUGUAAAACUUCCAUCAGAAGAUGAACCACUAAUGCUGAAACUGAGAGAGGAGUCCAGGGCUGUAUUUUUACAAAGAAGGAGCAGAGAGCUGCUGGACAAUGAUGAAUUACAGAGACUGUGGUUUCUACUAGAUCAGCACCACACCCCUCCCAUUGUGGGGGAGGACCAGAUGAUUAAUUAUGAGGACUUUCUGAAAGUCGGGGAGGAAGCUGGUCCAAAGUGCAAACAGUUUUUCACUGCCUCUGUGUUCACCAAACUGCUACAGAUGGAUCCGUAUGGUAGGAUCUCCAUUAUGCAGUUCUUUAAUUAUGUGAUGAGAAAAGUUUGGCUUCACCAGACAAGGAUUGGUCUCUCUCUGUAUGAUGUGGCUGGGCAGGGCUACCUUAAGGAAUCUGAUCUAGAAAAUUACAUUUUAGAAUUGAUUCCAACACUUCCACAGUUGAAUGGACUGGAGAAAUCUUUCUACUCUUUCUAUGUGUGUACUGCUGUAAGAAAGUUUUUCUUUUUCCUGGACCCUAUGAGGACUGGUCGGAUCAAAAUCCAGGAUAUUCUGGCCUGCAGCUUUCUGGAUGAUUUAUUAGAGCUUAGAGAUGAAGACUUGUCUACAGAGAUGCAGCAGUCAAAUUGGUUCUCUGCCCCUUCUGCUCUAAGGGUGUAUGGCCAGUAUCUAAAUCUGGACAAAGAUCACAAUGGCAUGCUAAGCAAAGAAGAGUUGGCAAGAUAUGGCACAGGUACUCUGACUCAAGUGUUCCUAGAUCGUGUGUUUCAAGAAUGCCUGACGUAUGAAGGAGAAAUGGAUUAUAAGACUUACCUUGAUUUUGUCCUAGCCCUGGAGAAUCGACGAGAACCCCAGUCCCUCAGAUACUUGUUCAGAAUUCUUGAUGUCAAACAUGUGGGAUAUCUGAAUGUCUUUUCUUUAAACUAUUUCUUCAGAGCUAUACAAGAACAGAUGAAGAUCCAUGGCCAGGAACCAGUUUCUUUUCAUGAUGUAAAAGAUGAAAUAUUUGAUAUGGUGAAACCAAGGGAUCCUCUACAUAUUACUCUUCAAGAUCUCAUCAAUUGUGGUAAAGGUGACACAGUUGUGAGUAUACUUAUAGACUUGAAUGACUUCUGGACUUAUGAAAACAGAGAAUACCUAGUGCCGGAAUCUAGUGAGGAAUCAGAGAUUUAAUCAGUGUAUGAGGACUUACAGAGAGUCUGGAAAUAAUGUCCAGGUAGUGUACCCUGCCAUUGUGUCUACAGUCCCCCCAAGGAACCGUUUGACUUCUGCCAAGAUACUGAGACUGAAAUCCAUAAUUUGUUGUUUUUUUUUUAUGUUUUUACACAACAUUUUGCUGUCUCAUAUCUUUCAGUCAUUGAUGCCAUGUCUGAAAAAUGUUUUGAAAACUUUUGUUGUAAAUUUUUUUUACCCAAAAUGUUUCAUUCUGUGAUUAGAUAAUAUACAUGGAUGUAGUCAAGAUCACAUAUUUUUAUCUAUUUCAUCAUUCUCAGAGACAUUCCGUCCAAAUGCAUUAUCUGAUUUUAUGCUUUUUGAUGCACCAUCACAGUCAUUAGUACUAUAUUACAUUAUGGAAGUUACAUUCUUGUCCCAUUGAGGGCAUGUAGAAUAUCUUUCUAUGAAGUCUGUAACAGAUCAUAAACAAAAUGUUGAUGAUUAAAUAUUCUUGCAGUUUGAAUUCUUUGACAUCUAGGUAUUUUUUCGAUACAUGUAUUUCAAACAUGUAAAGAGUUGUAGUAAUUGGAAAUAUCCAGAUAGCAGUAUUAUCUCAUUCCAUUCCAUAUAAAAUCAUAUUCAUACUCUUUAUAUAAAUGCAUGUAUGCCAAAUAUAUCAUGCCAAGAAAUCAAAAGCACUUAUCAUCAUCUGGUAGUAUUUUUUGAUAGAAAUAAUUUUAGCACAUCAUAUUAAUGACUGUAAUUGCAUUAUACAUUAAUAGAUAAAAUAAGAAUUCUAGAGUGACACAGAGCAGUGAUAAGCUGAAAAAUGAAUGAUAACUGUUACUUUUACUUUCUUAUACUAAAUUGACUCUGUAAAUUCAGCAUUUGAUCACUAUAUGUAUAUUUUAUCCAAGUUGGGAGAAAUCUAAGCUGUAGUCUGUAAAUUGAAUCUGUUGUGAUGUUUUGAUGUGUUAUAACUUUUAAACCAAAUAACGCUGCUUAAAUGUUACAUUUCCAUUUCCCUUUCCUCUCUCUUAUAUACUGGUACUUGUACUUGCCUUCGAGUCCGACUGCAGAGUAGCUUGAAUUUUUAACUCACCUGAGCUGAUGGAAUCAUUUAUAGAAAAAGCUAGAUGUUUACGGCUGUUUUGAAAAUAAUUCAAGUUUUUGGCAGGCUUUCAUCCUUUGCAUAAUGAUAAGCAUUAUUUCACCACAUAUUCUGAUGUGCAAUGGUGCCUGCAUUUUUCACGAUUUUUUGUUAUACAUGUGCAAUUUUAAGAAUAUCUGGUAUUGGUUCUAACACUGCCAUAUCAUUAGAAAUUACACUGUGUAUGGUGUCUUGUUGAUGUAGUCAAUGUCUUAACAGAUAUACAUUUAGAACAUUGUCUUGUUAAUGUGAAUAAAUUGCAUGGUAUAAGGAUA